AUGUUCUUUUCUCGACCGAAUCUGCGGAUUGGAAAUGCCGUAAUUGUUCCGGGCCAAAAGCUAAACCGAAGCGGUUAUCUAUCCAGCCUCCAUGAGACUGGAUUGUGUAAAUACGUUUGGUGUAAGAAAGGAGUGAUAAGACUAAAAAGAGAGGAAGGACACAGAACUUACAUCGUACGAUCAGAUGAAGGCAUAGAAAAAUUAAUUUGUGAAUAUAGUGAACAGGAUUGUAUAGAGAAGGAAGACGAGGACUUAAAAACUAUGAGAUUCACCACGAACUGCGCGAUGGGAAAAGAGGUGGUGGUGUCAUCUUAUACGCCCAUAAAAGUCUAA